AUGACAGCAGCCACGAUUACUAUCGAAUCUCGUCUCAAUGAUAACUUUAAAGCAGAUACGGUAGACUGCACCAGAUUCGUCAAGCUCGCGAAUCAAACAAUUCGUCAUCUAAAAACAGCGCUUGGCUCUAAGAGAAGCUCCUACAAGCUUCUGUUCAGUCAAAUGAUUAAGUCUGCAACAGGAACAGACAUUAUCAGGCAGUACCCUGGCCAUAAGAUCGUCUUCAUGACACUGAGACGAACUCUGGCAGACGCAUUCGUAGAAAGAUUUGAAAGAUUUGGAUUCGCAAGGGCAAAAUCGCGACCACAAGAGGGUGAUCAGGUUGUAAUGUACCAGUCGCCGGAUGUCCUCAAUGACGAGGUCGUCAACUCACUGCAGGGAGGCAAGCGUUUGUGGAUAUCUAGUACGUUUAGUGCUCACAAAACAAACAUUAUGCACGAACAGCUCCGUAAAUUGGGAUUCAAAGGGAUGUGUAUCACGGUCGAGUCGACAGACUACGCCAAGAGCGAUAUGGCCAAGAAUAUCAACACGCUAAUGUCUGGUCUGCAAUACUUUAUACACACCCCAGUGGUCAGUCAGGGAAUCGACUACAAUGUCCCCGACUGCGUUGAUUUGGUAGUUGGAUUCUUUAGCUCUCGCAGCGAAGUCAACUCAGAGUCGAGCAGGCAGAUGAUGCGUCGCGUUAGGAGUGCCAAAGAGAAAAAAUAUCUUAUGUAUAUCGACCAACAUACAAACAACCUCCCAGUCUCCGCAGAGAGUAUCAAGCGCUGGAUGGAUAGCCAGUACUCCACCGUUACGGGGCCCACUAGCAAACUCUCAGGUGUCAAGCUGAAAUACAUCUACGGUGAACACAUCGAGAUCGACCACGACGAUUAUUAUAACAGACUAUUCACCAUCGUGCAGAUUAGAAAAAACCUGUCCUUAAACGGAUUGUUCAGCAGAUUCAUCAGGCAAAUGGCGGGCGAAGGAUGCGUCAUCUCGGCAGUAAGAGGAAAAUGCAACGAAUCUCACCCGCCUGUCCGAGAACGAGAAGAAAUAUCCGAUAAACUGCGCAAGGAACACUGCGAGAAUGUUGUGAACGCCAGGGACUUAACGCACGACCAGUUCAUCGAGUUGUGCGAGAUACCAGAGCUCGAGAAAGACGAGAAAUUGGCGGUGCAUAAGCAUGCUUUAAUACGGACAUACGAAAUACAAGAUCCUGAAGUGGUGACCCCAGAAUGGGUAGAUCUGUAUGACAAUGAUAACGAAAAGCGUGUGUUUAAGAAUCUCGUCGCUCUUGCAACAGAUUUCGAUACAACGAUGGAAGACAAACUCGAAGAGGUGCAGUAA